AUGGCUGGAGAAUCAAAAUCAAUGCUGGAAAGGGAAAUUGAAUGUAUGAGAAUCGAUCUAAGUGAUGAUGAAAAGGAGGUGGAGGAUUCACGAAAAGAUCAAGUUGGCGUUUUCUAUGGUCUAUUCACAUCGUUUGCCUGGUUUAAUACAGUUUUGGGCCCUGUUAAUGUUGGUGAAACCAAAUCUUCAACCACACUUUCGACUUCUUGUCAACCUUUUGCCCUUGACGAUCUUGCCAACCCUACCCUUUUCGAUUAUAGGCUGUUUUCUACCAGCUACCGCCCUCUUCCUUCUGAUCAAUCUGUUGUCGACGAUCCCCUUGCCACCGCAUUCCUCACCCGGUUCCCGCAGGUAGUUCUGGAUCUCAGAAAGAUUGCUCACAACGGGAGUCCGUUGGUGAACAAAGCCGUCGAUUGCGGCCUGACUUGUUUAAUACUGCUCCCUGUUUUCCACCACCCUCUUCGCCACCGUAGCUACUCUACAUAUUCUUGUGUUGGUGUUGUUGAGUGUUGUAUCAAUGUUCCUCCUCUUGUUCCACCACUUCUUCGGUCUUUGGAUCUUGAACUAAAGCGGGUCUGUCUCUCUACUUAUCAUGUUCAACCACGUCUGACAUACGAGGUAAUCUACAACUUGGUGAUGACUUACGUGUUUUGGAUUUGGUCAACACUGGUUCUCCCUCCCAGGAAACUCGUCUUUCACGGUUCUCCCAGGAAACUGGUUCUCACAAACACCCAAUGCAUCCAAAAAAGAAGAUUGGCAAACACCAAAACUUGAAAAGCGGAAGCUAAGUGAUUUGUACGAUAAAGAGAGUCAAACUGACUCUGAUGACCCUGACUAUGACUCUGACUGUUCCUUGGUGCGUUUUGUCGACCGGCAGUUAACUGCAAACUGUAGAGGAACAUUGAUCUUUAUCCGUUUUGAUAUCCCAUAUACACUUGUAGAUGUGAAGCAGAAAGUUGAGAAGGAAUUUAACCUGGAUCCCAGGGCUUACACCAUGGAGUACGAACUUUUGGGGGAAAGGUUUGUGAUCGACACGGAUGGGGACCUGACCAGUUGCAUCGGACGUUGGAAAACUUACCUGAGGAAAGUAAAGUCAUUUGUUUUCAAAUGUUAUGUUCUCGAUCAAUUGCAAAGACAUCUAUGAUCAGGGCGAUGUGUUAACACCUGAUACUCUUAGAUAUCUUAAUUUCUCAUGGGAUUGUGUGUGGAUUUGGAUUUUAAUCUAUUGUUACUAUUUUGUUCA